AUGUCAUCACUCAAUCUCGCCCGUCUCGCUGUUCGCUCAUACUACUCUCCUGCUGCUCGCCGCGCCAUCAGCACUUCGCCAGCCUUCAGAUCAUCAUGGUCGCCCGGCCCUUCGCCGCCACGCCUUCCCAAGGAAGAGCAGGAAAUCUUUGACAAGCUCAUGAAGCAGUCUACUGGUGCCUUCAGUACCCCUCAGAAAGCCCCCGAAGAAGCCGUCGCCGAAGCUACUGUUUCCAAGCCCCAAGUCAACCAAUCGCCUCAGAUCAACCAGUCCCCUGCUCUCAAGGCCGACGGCAAGGGUGAAGAACUACACCCCAAUGUCCGCCGCGGUGCUCCCCCAGAGUUUGAAGGCGAUGUGAACCCUCAGACCGGCGAGGUCGGUGGUCCCAAGAACAACCCUCUGCGAUGGGGUCACGGAAGCGAUUGGAGUUACAAUGGCCGUGUUACCGACUUCUGA